GAAGUAGGACCAAAACAAAGGAGCGGCCACCCCGAGCGGACCUCCGCGGUGCGUCCUUGCAUCGCGCCCCCCGCCCCGGCCGCCCGCCCCGAGGAGCCGGCGACUAUGUCCAACAUGGAGAAGCACCUGUUCAACCUGAAGUUCGCGGCCAAAGAACUGAGCAGAAGCGCCAAAAAAUGCGACAAGGAGGAAAAGGCCGAAAAGGCCAAAAUCAAAAAGGCCAUUCAGAAGGGCAACAUGGAAGUGGCGAGGAUACACGCCGAAAACGCUAUUCGCCAGAAGAACCAGGCGGUGAAUUUCUUGAGAAUGAGCGCGCGGGUCGAUGCGGUGGCUGCUCGAGUCCAGACGGCGGUGACGAUGGGCAAGGUGACCAAGUCAAUGGCCGGGGUGGUUAAGUCGAUGGAUGCGACGUUGAAAACCAUGAAUCUAGAGAAGAUCUCCGCCCUGAUGGACAAAUUCGAGCACCAGUUUGAGACGCUGGACGUCCAGACGCAGCAGAUGGAAGACACCAUGAGCAGCACCACGACGCUGACCACUCCCCAGAACCAAGUGGAUAUGCUGCUGCAGGAAAUGGCAGAUGAGGCCGGCCUGGACCUCAACCUGGAGCUGCCGCAGGGCCAGACCGACUCGGUGGGCACGAGCGUGGCCUCGGCGGAGCAGGAUGAGCUGUCGCAGAGACUGGCCCGCCUGCGAGAUCAAGUGUGACGACAGAACUCGCUCCGAGGUUUCCUGUCGGUAGCCAGCUUCUGAAAGGCUCUCUGUGUGUUAGAGAGAUAUUACACACUACAGAUUUUGAAUAUGCCAGAAUGCUGAAAUGCUCUUAAGAUGCUUCUACCUUUGGGUUUACAGUGGUCUCAGAUACAUUAAGAAAUUCUAGGCUUUCUCCACCCUUAACUGGAUUUUAAAGUUCUGUAUAGCUUGUGAUGUGUAUUUUUAUAGCUGCCUUUUCAUAGGACUCGUUAAUUUGGUGUAUAUGAAUCUUUCUCAGAACUUUGAUCAAAUUCCUAGUUCCUGUGUAUUCCGUUUUCUGCCCGAAUUAUCAAAGUUGAAGGGUUUUUUAAUUUAGUUUAAUUGAUAAUAUAUAAAAUUGACAUGUGGUGCGUAAAGAGGAGAAUGAUUAUUUUGAUUACAGGGUUAUCAACACCUCCUCUUACUUGAUGGACAGUGCCAUUUCUGUGUAUCCUUUAUUUUUUGCCAUCAAAACGAGACUGCAGUUGACUAUUAAUCUGUUUUCAUAAUUUAUACUAAAAUUACCUUAGGACAUUCUUGCAUAAUAUUAUUUUACUGUUUACAUUCUGUAAUUUCUUUUUAAGAUUUACAAAGUUUAACAUAUGACAAUUUCUUUCAAUUGAAUUUCUCUAACAUUUCUAGUUAUUUUCCUAUCUCAACACUUUAAUUAGACUUAUAAAAUAUGUUAAUUAGCAUGGCAGCCACAUUACUCACUCUAACAUUGCCAAAGAACUGGUUUGAGAAAAUCCUGGGACUGUGUGUUUGUAGGUUUUGUUUUGAUUUUAACAACCAAAAGUAGGAAAAAAAUUAGAACAGCAUUUAAGUUCUAGUUGUUUUCAUUUAUUAUGUUGUUUUUAAAACAGUGGAUUAAAAACUUUGAAAAUAUAAGUUGGAAUGUUUUACUUAGCCAUGCAGCCAGCUUUGAGUCAGGGAGGAAGGAAAGAAGCAGGAUUGGACAGCAUGCUUGACCCUCAGGCUAGAAGCCAGCUGUGCUACCUUCCAUCCUUCUGGAAUAGCAGUGUGUAUUUUCUGGCUGAAAAGGAAAUCCUGUAGCCAAACUUUCUCAUAGCCUCAAAACAUGAAGAACACCAGUUUGCUUUUGCCUUAACAAGUAUGUUAAUCUAAGUUGAAUACUCAUGGAUAGUUUAAAUUCCCCCUUCACUGGAAGAUUUCUCCAUAAGAGAAUUCUAGUGUUUCAGGAAAUAAUUAUAGGGACUCUCCCAGGCCCUUUGAAAGAUUCACCAUUAUAUCAUGUUUUCCAGUGUGAUUGAUUGUUUUAAGGGAGGAAAAAAACACCACGUAUAUGUAGAUGAGAACUGACCCUCAUAUUUAAGUGUCUUUUUAUCUGACUGGUGGUGGUUCUGAAGUUUUCUGUAAAGGACACCUGUCCAUUAUUUACCCCCACAUCUUUCUAGAACUCUAGGCUUUUGGUGUCUCCGCUCAUCCUCAUGGUUGCACAGAGGCAGCUGUGUGAGUACAGCAUGAGUUGUAACCCCUCUUUAGACUGGAAAAAAAUAAAACUUUGAAAAUAGCUUAGUGUUGAAUCCUUUGGUAAAUUGAAGACCCUUUUAUAAUACAGAUAUUGCCAACAAUAUUAAUAUAUUUUGUGAGAUUAAACAAUGCUUGAAUAAGCGUGAACUUUCUUAAAAUAUGUUCAUUUCAAACUACGUGAAUAUACAUUUUUAGGAAUCAUAAAUAUUAUUUCAAAAGUGUAUUAGGCCCCUGAAUUAUUUCCUUAUUUUUGCAGUUGAUGAAAUGCUGAAACGUAAACCACAGAAGUUUGUCAAAUAAAUCAUUUUAAACUGCAUGUUACUA